CCGGGGCGGGCCGGAGCCCGAGGAAGAGGAAGGGGACGAGGACAACGAGCGACGGGGAGGAGGAGGAGGAGGAGGAGGAAGGGGAGGCCGACCAACAAGAUGGCCCCUGCUGCAGGAGCAGCCUCAGCAGCAGCAGGUGGGAGGCCGGAGGCGGCGCUGGCGGUGGCGGCGGCGGCCGUGGCCCGGCGGCCUGGGACAGAGUCAGAGUCGACGGUGGCGGCGGCGGCGGCGUUGGCUGCCGCGGCGGUGGCGACGGCCGCGGGGACUCGGAGCUGAGAGGAGCUGCUGCUCGGACCAGCGCGGUUAUAUUUCACACUAUGUGCUGACUGUAUCUACAGAAGAUAUUUAAAAAAAAAAAAACUUUUUUCAAAGAUUUUGAUUCCAGUGGAAUCUUUGCUUUAGAUUAUUGUGUGUGUGUGUGUGUGUGUGUGUGUGUGUGUGUGUGUGUGUGUUUGUGUGUGUGUUAGUGAAUUGUAACUCCAGUAACAAUGCCUGUACAAGCUCCACAGUGGACGGAUUUCCUCUCCUGCCCAAUUUGCACUCAGACUUUCGAUGAAACAAUUCGAAAGCCCAUCAGUUUGGGUUGUGGCCAUACUGUCUGCAAGAUGUGCCUGAAUAAACUCCACCGCAAGGCUUGCCCAUUUGACCAGACCACUAUCAAUACAGACAUUGAGCUCCUCCCCGUGAACUCAGCAUUGCUGCAGCUAGUGGGUGCUCAGGUCCCUGAGCAGCAGCCCAUUACUCUGUGUAGUGGGGUUGAAGAUACAAAGCAUUAUGAGGAAGCCAAGAAAUGUGUAGAAGAAUUAGCAUUGUACCUGAAACCACUCAGCAGUGCUAGAGGAGUGGGUCUGAAUAGCACUACUCAGAGUGUUCUGAGUCGCCCAAUGCAGAGGAAGCUGGUGACUCUGGUCCACUGCCAACUUGUGGAAGAGGAAGGCAGGAUUCGUGCUAUGAGAGCAGCUCGAUCUUUAGGUGAACGAACAGUUACAGAGCUCAUUCUUCAACACCAAAAUCCUCAGCAACUGUCCUCCAAUCUCUGGGCAGCAGUCAGAGCUAGGGGCUGCCAGUUCCUUGGACCAGCAAUGCAGGAGGAAGCUCUAAAGCUGGUUCUCUUGGCCUUGGAAGAUGGUUCUGCUUUGUCAAGAAAAGUAUUGGUUCUCUUUGUGGUGCAAAGGUUGGAGCCACGGUUUCCUCAAGCCUCUAAAACUAGCAUUGGGCAUGUUGUCCAGCUCCUUUAUAGAGCCUCCUGCUUCAAGGUCACCAAACGUGAUGAAGACUCUUCUUUGAUGCAGCUGAAGGAAGAAUUUAGAACCUAUGAAGCUCUGCGGCGAGAACACGACUCUCAGAUAGUGCAGAUUGCCAUGGAAGCAGGCUUACGGAUUGCACCAGACCAAUGGUCCUCAUUGCUUUAUGGAGACCAGUCUCACAAGUCUCAUAUGCAGUCAAUCAUUGACAAGUUGCAGACCCCAGCGUCUUUUGCACAAAGUGUUCAGGAACUAACAAUUGCUCUCCAGCGAACUGGAGAUCCAGCAAACUUGAACCGACUAAGACCCCAUUUGGAGCUACUGGCAAACAUUGACCCUAGUCCAGAUGCUCCUCCUCCCACUUGGGAACAGCUAGAAAAUGGGCUGGUGGCUGUGCGUACGGUGGUCCAUGGUCUGGUAGACUAUAUCCAGAACCAUAGCAAAAAGGGAGCAGACCAACAGCAGCCUCCACAGCACAGCAAAUAUAAAACAUACAUGUGUCGAGAUAUGAAGCAGAGGGGAGGAUGCCCGCGUGGGGCCAGCUGUACAUUUGCACACUCACAGGAGGAACUGGAGAAGUUUCGUAAAAUGAACAAACGCCUGGUUCCCAGAAGACCCCUGAGUGCCUCUUUGGGUCAACUUAAUGAGGUGGGCCUGCCCUCAGCAGCUGUCCUUCCAGAUGAAGGUGCAGUGGAUCUGCCUAACAGAAAAACCCCCGCUCUGCCAAAUGGAAUUGUAUCAGCAGGGAAUACGGUAACACAGCUGAUUCCACGAGGGACAGACCCCACCUACGAUUCUAGUCUGAAACCAGGAAAGAUAGAUCAUCUGAGCAGUAGUGCCCCUGGAUCCCCUCCUGACUUGCUGGAAUCUGUCCCUAAGAGUAUUUCUGCCUUACCUGUGAAUCCACAUCCUGUACCUCCAAGGGGGCCAACAGACUUGCCUCCCAUGCCUGUCACCAAACCCCUUCAGAUGGUCCCACGGGGUUCUCAGUUAUAUCCAGCGCAACAGGCAGAUGUUUAUUAUCAGGAUCCUCGAGGAGCUGCCCCACCAUUUGAACCAGCACCUUAUCAGCAGGGUAUGUACUACACUCCACCACCACAGUGUAUGUCCCGCUUUGUCAGACCGCCACCAUCUGCUCCUGAACCUGGUCCUCCCUACUUGGAUCACUAUCCACCCUAUCUCCAGGAUCGUGUAGUAAACUCUCAGUAUGGCACACAGCCACAACAGUACCCACCUAUGUACCCACCACACUAUGAUGGCCGCCGAGUGUACCCUGCUCAGUCAUACACAAGAGAGGAGAUUUUCCGAGAAAGUCCUAUUCCCAUUGAGAUUCCACCUGCAGCAGUGCCAUCCUAUGUGCCAGAAUCCAGAGAAAGAUACCAACAGAUGGAGGGUUACUAUCCAGUGGCUCCCCAUCCAACUCAGAUCAGACCUUCGUACAUCAGAGAGCCUCCUUAUAGCCGGCUUCCUCCUCCUCCUCAGCCCCAUCCUAGUCUAGAUGAGCUACAUCGCAGACGAAAGGAAAUAAUGGCCCAGCUAGAGGAAAGGAAGGUUAUCUCUCCACCUCCUUUUGCACCUUCACCGACAUUACCUCCUGCCUUUCAUCAAGAGGAGUUUCUGGACGAAGACUUGAAAGUAGCUGGGAAAUACAAAGGAAAUGAUUAUAGCCAGUAUUCUCCCUGGUCAUGUGAUACCAUCGGCUCCUACAUUGGCACCAAAGAUGCAAAACCCAAAGAUGUUGUGGCAGCGGGGAGUGUGGAAAUGAUGAACGUGGAGAGUAAAGGAAUGAGAGACCAGCGACUGGAUCUUCAAAGAAGAGCAGCAGAAACCAGUGAUGAUGACCUUAUCCCUUUCGGAGACCGACCAACCGUUUCUCGGUUUGGUGCCAUCUCUCGAACCUCCAAAACAAUAUAUCAGGGUGCUGGUCCAAUGCAGGCUAUGGCACCUCAGGGAGCUCCCACAAAACCGAUGAACAUCUCAGAUUAUAGUCCAUAUGGAACCCACAGUGGCUGGGGAGGUUCUCCAUAUUCACCUCAUCAAAACAUACCUUCUCAGGGACACUUCAGUGAGAGGGACAGAAUGUCCAUGUCAGAAGUAGCCAGUCAUGGAAAACCCCUUCCAUCUGCUGAGCGGGAACAGCUACGACUAGAAUUGCAGCAACUAAACCAUCAAAUUAGUCAGCAGACCCAGCUACGUGGCUUAGAGGCUGUUAGUAACAGGCUGGUGUUGCAGAGGGAGGUAAACACCCUGGCAGGCCAGUCCCAGCCACCACCACCACCUCCAAAAUGGCCUGGAAUGAUUUCAAGUGAGCAGUUGAGCUUGGAACUGCACCAGGUGGAAAGGGAAAUCGGGAAGAGAACCCGGGAACUGAGUAUGGAGAACCAGUGUUCUCUGGACAUGAAAGGCAAAUUGAAUACAAGUAAGCAAGCAGAAAAUGGACAACCAGAACCACAAAGUAAGGUUCCAGCUGAGGACCUUACAUUGACAUUCAGUGAUGUACCAAAUGGAUCAGCUUUGACACAAGAGAAUAUCAGCCUCCUGUCAAACAAGACCAGCUCUCUGAACCUAUCAGAGGACCCUGAGGGAGGAGGUGACAACAAUGACUCCCAGAGAUCGGGAGUUACUCCCAGUUCUGCUCCCUAAAUGAUGAAGAAUCCUGCUUUUAUCUUCUGCUCCUGAUCAAUUUGUGGGGUAGGGUAGGGAGAACAGAUAACUUCUAAACAUUUUCUCUGAGAGUGGUCAGAGAAAUCCAGGAAAAGUACCGGAGGCAAUGUGCACAAACACCACUACUAAAAACAAACCCUGCACAUAGUUCACAUUAAUGCAUUUUUUAAUUUAAAAAAAAAGAAAAAGAAAAAGAAAAUUAGCAGUAUCUGCAAGCAAUUCAGAUUAAAUUUGUUUUUGUUCUGUGAAUGAACUUUAUUUUAAUAACUUUGGACGCCUUGGAUCCAGGGCUUAAAAAAAAAAGAAGAUAUUAUAUAUACACUCUGUUUGAUUAAUUGUAUGAUCUUAAUGAAGUAGGUUUUUCUUGUAUUUUGGUAUUAUUACAUACCCAGUGUAUAAUUCCUGACCCCCAAUCCUUUCCAGCUUUGACAACCCCAUAAAUUAAAACACACAGAAAGCACCGGCCUGUCUGAGAAUUCUGUGGUGCUUGAGAAACAAAAAGACAGUAGUAGACUACUUAUUAGAAAAUGUGCAGCAAACCAACUUUUCCAAGAGCCAUUACUUGAAAGUCAUAAUUUUCUUUCCCUUUCUGGUUACUAGCUUGAUGUGUGUUUUUUCAUAUGGCACUAAAACUUUUUGUUGUUCAGGAGGGUUUUGUUUCUAUUUCAACUUUCCAGAGAGAUAAUUACCAAUUAAUUUUUGAAGUCCUUUUCCACAUAAUGGAUCCUUGCAUUCUCUUAAUCAGAAAGCCAGGCCAGUGUUUUAGAAUGAUUAGAUUUAAAUGGAGAUUGUUUUAAGAAUGAACUGUAAUUUAUUAGUCCUGGGAGAUACAUGAUUGGUAUAUUACCUGUAUGGAGCUGCUGGUUAGAAAUUCGGACCUGUGCUUUUUCAAAUUUUAAACUUCUGCUCAAAUCCUAGAGUGUUAAAAACAAUAAUAUUAGGAAAAUCAAGCAUGUUUUAAAACUGCAACACUUGAACCGAAAAUGAACAGCCACAUUAUUUCAGUGGAUGUUUUUGUUUUGUUUUACUGUCAAAACCCAAAAGUGUAAAUAAAAUAAAAGUCCCUGGCUUUCAAAUAGAUUUGGCAAGGACAGACUGCCAGGAUCUUAAGGAUGGUUUAUGAAUUGACUAGCUGUUACUGUUCAGUAUCCUUAGCACCAGUAGGUAAUAAGUACCUAAAAGUCAGUUUUCAGAGAAAACUUUACAAUAGUGAUGAGAUUCUUUAUGAAAUUAUUUAGUUCUGCUGCACAUAUUCUGAUGCCAUGUGUCUAUACUGAACUAAAACCCUAUAAAACAUGUUUUGUGGGGAUUAUUUGAUACAGUCACCCUCCCCAUCCAUCCCUCUGUUUGCCUGAUUUUUAAAAAUUUCCCUUCUGGAUUAUACUACUAAAACAGAAAGCACUGGUUAUGUAAUAAGUUACUGCAUUGCUUUGGUUGGGUAAAAGCAAGAGUUUGUAUUUUUCUUGUUUCUUAUUUUCUUAACCCUUAACUCCUGCUGAGGUCAUAACAACCUCAGUGUAAGCUCUGUGUCCAUCAUACUGUUAACUGAAACAAAUGGGGGAGGGGGGGAGGGAAAUACAGUCCUGCCGUUGCCUACCAGUAGGAGAGUCCAAACAGAACACUCUUUUGAGUAGCAAUUAUUUAAUUUGCCCAGUCAAGGCACCGUGUUUAUAUACUAUUUCACAUUGAAUUUGAUUAUGCCCUACAGACCUGGCUGGUCAAGGAUUUGAUAUACACAUAUUGGCUUGGGAUUCGAGCUUUCUUUUUUAUUUAAAUAAAAAUUUAUAUAUAUUAUAUAUAUAUAUACAUAUAUACAUAGCUAUAUCUGUAUAUAUAUUGGGUAUGUUUUAAGGAUUUUUUCGCAUGAGCGCAGCUGUUGCGAUAAAAUGACUGAUUGGGAGGUAGAAGCACUGAAUGAAGAUGAGGCAUUUCUGCAUUUGAUAUCCAUAGUUUCCUUUAAAAAAAAAUACACUUGCUUUUUUUGCUUUUUUGUUUGUUUUCUCUUUUGCUUAAAACCCUCUUACACAUAAGUGCUUAUUUUUUGGGAGAAGGAGAGAAACUGUGUGUGUCUGACAGAGUCCCAAGAUUUUUCAUUUCUUUGUAUAACCAUAAAAGGCAACAUUCUUGGCCUCCAACCUUCUGUAGGCAGAUUUGGGCAGGUUGUAUUUCUCCUUUGGACCUGUUAGAUAAUUCCUAAGUUUUAGAAGCAGUUGGUUUAUUUGGAACUCAGUGAGUCUGGCACUGGAAGGGAAUUUAUGAGUAUUGAUUUUGUUGAGGUUCAGAAUAAAAGUAAAAGUCCAUUUUGGGUAUCCAUUGAAACAUUUUAUAACCCAACUUCUGUUCUUGUUUUUAUAUCCUUCAGAUAUACUCCUUGCUUUCACCAUUUUCAUUUUGUAAGCUAGGCAGGAAUAGGCAUUAACUUAUAUAGUAUUCCUGUUCUGAAUAAAACCUGAAAAGCCACUGUUUUCAGUUGACUCAAAAUCAUCUCUUUCACUUUUUAAGGUAAUUUCAUUGGGGCGGUGGGGGGCUUUGGGGGCCAGGGCAGAUCCCUUAAAUUGUAGCCUUAAUUCUAGCUGCACCUCAGGAAGGGCCCUGCACACUCUGGAGGAAAUCUGGUUGGGUAGAAAGGCAGAAGAAUGAUCCCCUGCCCCAUUGUGCCUAUGACUUACCUGUUUUAAAUUGGUCAUUCUGCCUUAUCUCAUGGAAAUUCUUAAAACUUUCCUGGUGUUCACAAACAGUUUUAGGAAUUAAAUAAAACCUCCAAAGUUUAGAUUUUUCUUUCAUUUCCUUUUCUCUGUGAAACACUUUGUGAUAAUGAUGAGCCUGUAAGGGUAUGUGGCCUAUUUGGGCAAAACUGCUGGACUCUUUAACUGCUUUUUUGUCAAAACCUGCGAAAGGCACUGAUUUUUUUUGGCUUAUUUUAAAAUGUCGGCCUUUAGAGAGAGUAAAGAGAUUAAAUGAGUCAGAUAGGAAAUACAGUUUUUAUGCUUUCUACUUAUUAAAAUAUUAAUUUCUUCUGGAAAUGACUUUUAUUUGCUUUUCACUGAAUUCAGAAGCAAGACUCUGACAUCUCAGACGAACAUGAGCAAUUCUGAAAAGGUUAAGGUAGGAGUAUAAUAAGCAUUGUGUUCACUCUUGUUUAGGUUACAAAACUAGGAUCUUAAUUUUUUUAAAACCAGGAUCUUAUUAUAGCUAGGAAUAUAAAAGUACUUUGACUUAUUUUUUUUCAAGGUAUCUCUGGAAAAGCGUAGAACUAAGAAUAAGAUAUCUACAUGCAGUUUCCUAACUUAUAUGUAGUUAUUUUGCCUUACUUAUAGAUAUUGUCACAAGAUAAGUCCAAUAGCCGCCCUGUCUUGGGUAAUUUACAGAAGCUGAAGUGACCAAAGAUCCAUUCUUUGUUACUUUUGUAAUCAAAAGAACAGUUAAUUAUAGCAUAGGUUUCUAGUAAUAGUAUUCACAUAAUACACUAUUUCUAAUGCCAGCUACAAAUAUUCACCUACUCAGAAUGUAUACAAAAUUAUUUGGUAUGGCAUUAAUGUGGCUGAUUCCCUUCUCUCAUCUUAUUUCCCUUCCCUUCUCCUGGUCUUUCCCUUGUAUUUAUUCUUUUGCCUAAAAGACAUAGAAUUGAUAUGAUUCUCAUUUGCUACCAUGAAUAUGUAACUCCAUCAGAGUUUCCAUAGGUCUUUAGGGUUGGAGCUCAAGGGUUUUUUUUUCCUGGCCCUUUUCUAUCUUGCAAAUUCCCCCUUGACUUACCCACUGCCCUCCCCAAUCUGCAACAGUGACAGUUUGCUGCCUCAAAACAGAGCAUUCAAAUGAAUUCGCUUAGCCAAUAACUUCUGUGAAGUUGCCUUUUCUAAUGGUGUUAUUACUCAGUGAUGCACAAAUGUGGUAUUUGCCCUACUGGUAGGCAAACAAAGGUCUGGUUAAGAAUGGUAACCUGCUGUUUUCUUUAAAGGAGAGCCAAAGACUUGUGCUUUACUCUGUUUUGGUUUGGGGGGAUAUAGCCAUUUUGAUUGUGAAACCUUUUAGUAUUUGUGAGUUGAUUGUACUGUUAAGUAGAUUUAUCUAAGUUAACUGUUAAAGGUAGCUGGCCUUAUAAAAUGUAAAAGUAAUGAAAAUUCAUCAGUUUUUCUAAACCAGUGAAUGUCAUCUUUUACAAUAUUGUGUGUGAGCAGUCCCCCUGUUUUUUGAGUUUAUCUUGUCAUUGUAGCAUCUUGUGUGUUUUGGCUUUUCAGUUGUGUCUGAAGGACAAUCUGUAUCACUAUGGUCACGCUGUGGGACUGGGUAAAAAAAUUCAUGAGCAUGUGACUGGUGAGAAAUAAACUAUAGUCACUGCAUGUGAGAUUAUAUUCAGAUUUGGAGAAAAACAGAUUCUUUUCACUAAAAAGUAUUUGAUUGCUAUUAAAUCCAAGUGGUGAUAGAUAGGGAUCUUACCAUCUUUUUUCCACUUUCUUUCUGCUCAUUUUAAAGAAUUGAGUAAAGGUUUCAUAUGUAAAAUCUACCUGUAAAAAAGUACCUGUAAUGACCUAUAUUUUAUUAAAAAGAAAGACCUGGUUACGUUUUAAGAGAAAUUAAUAAUCUGCCUGGAAAUUAACUGCAGCCUUUACUUAGAUUUAUACCCUGAAAGAGCCUGAUUGUGUUUAUUUUUUAGUUGGUGAUACAUGGUUAUAGUGUUGCAAGAUGAUCUGUUCCCGGAAAAAUCAGCCUGUCCUUAAAAAUUUUAGCAACUAAACUAAAGCAAAUUUCCCUUCCGACAUUAGGGAGUGGACACAUAAGCAGUUUGCUGGUGUUAUCGCUUUACUUGUAUUGCUGUUCCUUCUUCAUACCGUUCUACCUUGGACAACUAUGACUUUUCUGUUUAUUUGUUGCUUCAGCUCAGCUUUAUGAAAUUUUCCUGCUGAAAUUACUUAUGGGGAGUUAUAGGUGAAUUGCAGUUAACAUAUUUUUUAAUUCUUAAUUCAACUUUUCUGAGCCAUUUGAAAAAGAAAGCUGUUUUUGGCAAGGUACUAUUAUAGUAAAUGCCAACUUAAGAUUUGGGUUUUAAGAUUUUAUUGCUUUGACUGCUAAAGAUGUUUUCAUAUAUAAAAGAUUCUAAUUUGAUAAGUAAUACUAGUUAUAAUGUUAAUAAAGAAUAGGACACUGCCACCACCAGGAAGAAGUUACACCUUUUAAUAAUAAAUGUGUUCCCAAUAGGUGGAUUUUCAAUACUGCACUGAACAAAGUAGGUAAAGAGUCCUUUGAAAUCCUAUUGUGGUAAAAGGACUAACCUCACCACUGGAAUCCUUGUUUUCAGAGCCUCCCAAUUUUCAGCCAAACACUGAAUUUCCUUUAAAUUUGUUUCCUGAACAAAACAUCCCUAGAGUAAUAACCUUUAUUUUCACAAGAAAAUAAGACACAAUAACCCAAGAGACAGAAGUUAAACCUCAAUAUAAUACUGUGCCCAAAAAUGUGUAUGUAGAAAAGUAAAAUCCUGUGGAGUUAGUCUAUUAUAUACUAGAUAAGGUGACUUAUUUUCUCGUAUUGAGGUCUCUCUGUUUCUGGUUGUUUCUGUUUUGUUUUGUUGUCUUUAACGCUUAGGCAGACAGAGCUCACAAGUCUUUGGCAUCCUCUUUAGCUUGUACGCUCAGAGUCAUCUUAUAACUGGAAACUGUCAGGCAGGCCCUGCUCCCACCCCAGCCACUGCAUAAAAGGGCCAAGGAAAGGAUGGGACGAACUAUUGGAUAAUUGGUUGCCUGCUUGUUGCUGGUCUUUGGUUUGGGGGGUUUUUUUGCCUGUUUUUUUUUAAAUCACCAUUUAUUAGUGUAAUCUCUCUUCAGUGAUUGGCUGCCAUUCUUACAAUAAUAUCUAAACAACUCUGUAAAAUAUUCCUCUAAUUUAAGGUAUUUUAAGCUUUUCUUUAUCAUUUUUACAUCCUCUGUUCACCUAAGGCACUGUCCUGAGAGCUAUAUUUUCCAGGUGUGUGGUUGCCUGCAUUUUCUUUAUCACCCCCUCCAGACCUCCCACACACACUCCCACCCCCUCAUCCUUUCUCCUCUUCUCACCUUCUGGAAAUGAAAGGAACUUGGGUGGCGGGGGAUUUUUUUUUUUUUUUUUUUUUUUUCAUUUUAUUCACUGAUCCAGGGGCUUCGUUGCUUACCUUAUGAUGAUGUGACUUUUUGGAACAAGAGCAAUGGAAAAAGUGAAUUAAGAUGAUGAACAAAAUCUUUUACCCACUUAAGCAUUUUCCAGUUGUGAGAUUCCUCUUUUUGUGUGCUCUCUUUCCCUUGUAACCCCUGCUACCCUUUUCCCCUAACUAUGGUCAAUUUGGUCUUUAGGCUCAUACCAGUCUCCCCGAGACAUUCUGCAGUCAUUAUCACCUUUUUGGGUGGAUUUUAUUUUGUUUUAUUUUGUUUUUGUUUGUUUUUUUUUUAAAUAACUUUGUAACAUUGAUGCAUAUUUGCUUGGGAUAGAGCUUGUGUAAUUUACCAAUCGUAUUGAUUGUAUGUGAUUGUGCCCUGCAGAGGUAUAUUUAACAAGACAAGAAUAAUCUAGAUUAAUAAAGGAGCCCAUGAGAUUUGAGUCAGGUUAUAAAUGACUAUGAAAUCACUUAGUUUUGGAUAGUGAGACUUUAUAUCUCCUGUUCGUAUAAGUCAGUGCUAGACAAAAUACCAUUUUUUAAAAGUUCUCUUGCAUUCCUGUUUUUUUCCUUGCCUCAGCUCCCUGUUUUUUCUUGCCCGCCUCCACCUACCUGUUCAGAAAUAAAAAUAUUGAGUCUUAAAGUGACAGCUGAUUUUUAAAUUGGUAACGUUUGUGAAAUUUAACUUUUUCCAAAUGUUUUCAACUUUUUUUUUAAGUGAAGAUAAGUGGGUUGGAAUUUCACAAGCUAUGAAUAAUCCUUUAGCGUCUAGCAAACUGUGAAAUCUUAUUUGAAGACUUUAUCUCUUGAAAGUUCUUUUGGAAUAGGAAAAAGAACCCUGUUUGAAAUGAACCAUUUUCUUCUCUUUUUAAUGUGUUUAUAUUUCCAGUUUUUAAAGAGCCUUCAAAACAAGUGAGGUGGAAAUCAAGAGUAGUAGGAAGAUGUUUAGGGCAGCAGAAAUUUGGGUCUGAACAAGUACAUGUUCAUUUGUUGGGUUUUUAAGAGGAUUAGGGCCAUCUUUUUCAAUUUUGUAUUAUUUGUGUGCAUGUUGUUUAUAUCAAAGAUGCCACAUUUUGUUAAAACGCUGUUUCCUUUCUUUAUAACCUUGGAAACUGACUCAGCCUCAUGUUGCUCCUGAGUAGUAUUAAAAGCUCCCAUGAGAUGCAGAUAAAAGGGUUAUUUUAACAAGUAGAAGGAGGUGAUUCACCUUUUGGUUUGUAAAUAUAUGAAAAUGUCUACAAGGUCUUUAUCUGCUUUCUGUCAGCAUUUAUAUUAAAUGAUAAAUUAAUGAGGA